UUCGUUUCACUCCAACACCACGUGGACGCUCUGCUGCGGUGUGGUGGCUAACUGACAGUUAGCCUAAAUGAGCUCAUUUAUCAGCGAAGUAUGUGGACUAGAUAAGCACAACGCGGAGCAGAACAAGUUUGUGGGGAUGACAGACUAGCAUAGUCUAAAACGAGUUAGCUAAGUUAGCUUAGUUGGUUGUAAUACUAGCUGAUCAUCCUCAGGCAGAUCUGCACGACCAUCUGGGCGAGUUGAGCUGUUUAUAAGGUGAGCUCCAACUCCAGGUGAUCUAUGGAGAACUACAAAAAAGCAGGUGUGGUGGAGCAGCCGUGCCCCUGUCCCUUCACUAACCUCCAGCCCAAUACCCCUGAGAUCCGCGUGCGGGACGGCAGCAAGAUCCGCAACCUCAUGAAAUUCGCUUUAGGCCGCAUGGAGGGGAAGGUGCCUGUGGAAAGUGCCGGAACUCCAGAGGAACCGGAAACAAGUGCUCCAGCCUCUGGUGAAAGCUUGUGUAGGCAGAUCGUGUUCACAGGAGUGGGUCCAAGCGUGGCAAAGACCAUCUCCUGCGUGGAGAUCCUGAAGAGGCGCGUCCAGGGCCUUCACCAGUGCACCCAGCUGCUCUACCGGACGGUACAAGAGAACUGGGAGCCGCUGGAGCCGGGGGCCGGCUUGGACAGUCUCACAGUCAGCAGGAACGUGCCUGGGAUUUGGGUUCUGCUCUCCAGAGACCCACUGAACUCAAACCAACCUGGCUACCAAGCACCGGGCAGCUUUGAUGCUCUUUGGGGUGAGGCUGUUAAAAAGGAGUCUCAGGGCCAGAGGCAUCAAAAGAAGAGGAAAAGAGGAGGAGGAGGAGGAUGGAUGGGAGGUCUUGGAGGUGGUGGUGGUAGAGGAAAAGGCCCCAGGAAGCAAAUGGGCCAUCCCAAAGAAGGUCGAAAAACUCCUGGGCAGACAGGAGGAGGACAAGAGUGAGAACAGUGGUCUUUUUUGUGGAACAAAAUUAAAGGGGGAGAAAAGAUUAUUUUCUUAACAACACUGCAACUGUGGAGAUGCUCUAUUACUGUGUGAAGGUCAUAUACAGAACUAGAACAGAGGUUCUCAACCCCAGUUCUGUAAGCUUUUUUUUCAACUGUUUCUUGCUCUUAAGUUUGGAUUCACAAAAGAUUUUUGAAGAACAAGCUAUUAAAGGUUUUGAGACAAAUACUGAGCAAAUCAUACGGAAUGUUCUCAAAUGCAAAGAAACCUCUCAAAUAUUGUAGUCAUUUUCUUAAAGAGGAAUUCCACCAGUUUUCCGAAGUCUUUGAGAGUCAUUCAGAGCGGUUUGGUGUAAAAUGGUUCAGGUGCCUUUACAGUGGUGGUGAUGGAUAAACAUUGCCAUUUUAUUUACUAUCCAGAGCCACCAGUGAACCUUCACGAGUCUUCUGAGUUCAUAUUUAAUGUUCAUGGAAAAUAGUGGAAAAUCUGAAAUAAGUUUUCUUUCAAGUGCUCCACAUGAGCCUAUUCACCAUGAACAUACUUGGAAAAAAAAAACAGCGUCUCCGUCAU